GAAUCACUGCGUUCGAUCGACGCGAGCGUCUGUCGUAUAAGAAGCCCUAAUUUCCAUUUCCGGGCACUCGCUAAUCCCAAAGCAAUCCUCACAAUUUCACUGCAAAUCUUGAAGAUUCUCCCUACUGUGCAUUCGUAAUCGGCUUGGAUCGUUGUUUGUUUCGAUCAAGGUUUGGAAUCCGACAAGAAAUGGGGGGCUCGCAGAGUCGCGAGGGCUUAGACCUCUCGGAAUCAUCGGAUUACGAAAGCGACGAAGAGCAAAGCGAAGAACAGUACGAGGAUGCGCAGGACGGCGACGGUGGGCGCCAACCGAAGCCCCAGAUGCCGAGCUCUUCCGGAGGCAAAACCCUGGACGAGCUCGACGAGAAGCUCAAGGCCCUCAAGCUGAAAUAUCCCUCUCAAAACCCUAGUUUAAGAAAUGCCGUUAAGCUCUACCUCCACAUCGGCGGUAACACUCCCAAAGCCAAGUGGGUUGUCUCCGAUAAACUCACUUCCUUUCAAUUUGUCAGAGACGAUGAUGAAUCGGGCGGUGGAGGGGAGAAUUAUUGGGUUCUGGAGGUGGGGUCGAAGAUCCGAGCUAAGGUGUCGACGGAUAUGCAAUUGAAGAUGUUUGGAGAUCAGCGCCGCGUCGAUUUCGUGUGGAAUGGGGUGUGGGCGUUGAAGUUUUUUGAGGACGAAGAGUAUCGGAGCUUCGUGUCGGGGUUUCAGGAUUGUCUGUUUGAGAAUGUGUAUGGGUUGAAGCCGACGGAUGAGAACAAGGUUAAGGUUUACGGGAAGGAGUUUUUGGGGUGGGUGAAGCCGGAGGCAGCGGACGAUUCGAUGUGGGAGGACGCUGAGGAGGGAGAUUGGAAGGGCGCUGAAAAGACUCUGGGGAGGGCGAAUCAGGAUUUGUUGGAGGAGUUCGAGGAGGUGGCGAACGGGGGUGGAAUCCAGAGCUUGGCUCUCGGGGCGUUGGAUAAUAGUUUCUUGGUGAAUGAUUUAGGUGUUCAGGUUGUGAAGAACUUUAAACAUGGAAUCCAUGGGAAAGGUAUAUUCGUGAGAUUCGACAAUGGGGGUCAGAAGGCUAGUUCCAGUGCAGGAAAAUCGACGCCAAAGAAGGCGCUUCUGAUGAGAGGUGAGAGCAAUAUGCUUCUAAUGAGUCCUCUGAAGGAUGGGAAGCCUCAUGCGACUGGGUUGCACCAGUUGGAUAUCGAGACUGGGAAGAUUGUCACAGAAUGGAAGUUUGAGAAGGAUGGGACUGACGUUACAAUGAGAGAUAUUACAAAUGAUACAAAGGGCUCACAGUUGGAUCCUUCAGAAUCAACUUUCUUGGGCUUGGAUGAUAACAGGCUGUGCCAAUGGGAUAUGCGUGAGAAGAAGGGAAUGGUUCAGGAUAUUGCAUAUGCGAAUUCACCGGUCUUACACUGGACACAGGGGCAUCAAUUCUCCAGAGGGACCAAUUUCCAGUGCUUCGCAACGACUGGUGAUGGCUCCAUUGUUGUUGGAUCACUUGACGGGAAGAUUCGGCUGUAUUCAAAGACUUCAAUGAGGCAGGCGAAGACUGCUUUUCCAGGGCUUGGUUCGCCUAUUACCCAUGUUGAUGUUACAUAUGAUGGAAAAUGGGUAUUGGGUACGACUGAUACAUAUUUGAUUCUUAUCUGCACAAUAUUUACUGACAAAGAUGGGAAGGCGAAGACUGGUUUUGGUGGUCGAAUGGGCAAUAAAAUCCCAGCUCCUAGAUUACUGAAGCUUACUCCUGUGGAUUCACAUAUGGCUGGAACAGAUAAUAAAUUCCAGAGAGGCCAAUUCUCAUGGGUCACUGAGAAUGGGAAACAAGAGCGGCACCUGGUGGCGACAGUCGGCAAAUUUAGCGUGAUUUGGAAUUUUCAGCAGGUGAAGAACAGUGCUCAUGAGUGCUACCGGAAUCAGCAUGGCCUGAAGAGCUGCUACUGUUACAAAAUCGUGCCGAAGGAUGAGUCUAUCGUUGAUAGUCGGUUCAUGCACGACCGGUUUGCCGUCAGCGACUCUCCCGAAGCUCCUCUUGUUGUGGCAACCCCCAUGAAAGUUUCUUCUUUCAGCAUGUCUGGCAAGCGAUGAAGAUGUGCAAGCUAAGCUGGCGUUAUCAUCCCUGGCAAUCUUGGCGGAUGGUUUUUUUGUGCAUACUCCUUUUGUCUCCUUGGUUACUAGCAUUUCAUUUGCUUUGAUUUAUUUGAUUUCAAUCUUCUACGAGUAGAGAGGUAGGGGUAGUUUGUAUAUAGUGUGAAGUUGAGAUUUUUUCUACAUAUUGUAUUAUCUCUUAGGACCCCAAUCUAAUUCUUGUUUCUUGUGUUGUGUGUUUUA